AAGCCUGGGGAAUUUCUCUUUCUUCCCCCCCGCGAGACAAGCCGGACUGGGAUCAAACCCGGGCAGGGUGGCAGAAGGCAGGCUGGCACGUUGGGAUUCGGAUCCGCUCCGCAUCUCCUGGAUCAGGCUCCGGGCACCCCCCAGAAGCGAAGCAGCGGCUCCUUAUUUUCCGCUCUCUUUCCCUCUCCCCUUCCAACUUUUUCUUUCCCCCUCCCGGGAGACGAAGUUUAAAAGCGCAUCCCCUCUCCUGGUCCCCCCCAGCAACGCGCCCUGCCCUCAAUUAUGUGGCGAUAGCCGCCAGGUGAGGGGGGGCGGAGGCGCGGCCAGGCGACAGUCCGCCUUGCCAAGGCGCUAGUCUUCGUGGAGGACGGGAGUGGAUCCGGAUUCCUUUAGAGCCGAACAUACUUUUUCUUUAAAUUAAAGGGGAGGGAGAGAAACCUCCUCUGCGGACGACGUUUGCUCUCCAGCCUCCAGCGAGACAGGAAAAAGAAGAAGCAACGACAUCCUUUGCCACUUCUCAAUUUUGGGGGUGGGGGGGAGCGAAAGGAGGAGCCCCCCUCCCCUUUCCCGGACUUCUCCAGACACACUGCGGAUUUCGCCUUCGCGGACGGGAGAGCUUGAAGGUUGAGGAGGGCGUCCAGGUUUUUCCUUGCUGGCUGGAGGGCGCCGAGGACUGUGCACGAGAUAUGAAAAAUCUGGAAUAGACGUUUUCAGGACGCCUUGUACUCCACGCAGAGAGAAAACUUAGAAGAUUUUUUGUUUUGAAGACUUUCGUCCGAUUGAUUUGUCAAGAUGACCUCCUGCUGGAAAAGCUGCUUCUUUGCGGCCGUUCUGAUUCCCGUGGCUACGGCAAUGCAUUCGGACUGCUUCCUCAAGAAGGAGCAAGAAGCCUGCUCGGAGAUGAUCCAGAAGCUGACCUCUUUAAUCCCGCUCAACGAAUCCUCUCCAGGAUGCCAAGGGAUGUGGGAUAACAUCACAUGCUGGAAGCCUGCCUUUGUGGGUGAAGUUGUCUAUGUUAAAUGUCCAGCAAUCUUCACAAUGGUGAACUUGGAUUAUGAUUUAAAAGUCGUCAGCAGAAACUGCACCGAGGACGGCUGGUCGGACCCUUUCCCUCAUUACUACGAUGCCUGUGGAAUUGAUUAUAAUGACAGCGAUCCUGACCAGGAUUACUACUACCUCUCAGUAAAGGCUCUGUACACGGUCGGGUAUAGCACUUCCCUAGUUUCGCUCACCACAGCUAUGGUGAUUUUAUGCCGUUUCAGGAAACUGCACUGCACACGGAAUUUCAUUCACAUGAACCUCUUCGUUUCCUUCAUCUUACGAGCCAUAUCAGUCUUCAUUAAGGAUGGGGUCCUCUACGCUGAACAGGAUAGCAACCACUGCUUUGUCUCAACGGUGGAAUGCAAGGCGGUGAUGGUGUUCUUCCACUACUGUGUGAUGUCCAACUAUUUCUGGCUCUUCAUUGAAGGCCUCUACCUCUUCACCUUACUGGUCGAGACCUUUUUCCCCGAAAGGAGAUAUUUCUACUGGUACACCAUCAUUGGCUGGGGAACUCCCACCAUCUGCGUCACGAUCUGGGCAGUCCUUCGGCUUCACUUUGACAACAUUGGCUGUUGGGACAUGAACGACAACACGGCCUUGUGGUGGGUCAUCAAAGGCCCUGUCGUGGCAUCAAUAAUGAUCAACUUUUUGCUUUUCGUCGGCAUCAUCAUCAUCUUGGUUCAGAAGCUCCAGUCGCCUGAUAUUGGAGGCAAUGAAUCUAGCAUUUACUUCUGCGUUCAGAAAUGCUACUGUAAAUCCAACAGGGCUAACCAGCACCCUUGCAGGAUGUCAGAACUGUCCACCAUUACCUUGAGGCUGGCCAGGUCGACCUUGUUGCUUAUUCCACUCUUUGGGAUUCAUUACACAGUCUUUGCCUUUUAUCCUGAGAAUGUCAGCAAGAGAGAGAGGCUGGUCUUUGAACUGGGCCUCGGCUCUUUCCAGGGCUUCGUCGUGGCUGUCCUCUACUGCUUCUUGAAUGGGGAGGUGCAAUCAGAGAUAAAGAGAAAAUGGAGGAGCUGGAAAGUCAACCGGUAUUUUGCUGUGGACUUCAAGCAUCGUCACCCCUCCCUGGCCAGCAGCGGAGUGAAUGGGGGGACUCAGUUGUCUAUUCUGAGCAAAAGCAGCUCACAGAUUCGCAUGUCGAGCAUAAAUGCGGAGAACCUGGCCACAUGAAUGCGUGAAGCCACUUCUCCCCGUCCACCCCUUGCAAAAGGAACAAGAGAGCCCCCCUUUGAAAACAGACAAAAACAGAGUCAUAAUUAUGGUGGUGUGGGUUGUCGUUUCUGUCUCUUGUGUGUUUUUCCAAUCCAUCUCCCUUUUAAUUAAAAAAGAGACGCAAGAUCCUUCCGGACGUCAGAAACUCGUAACCUCAAACAGAUGGAAGAGAAUGGAUCAAAGAGUCUUGUAAAUAUGCAACCGCGAUCAUCCAUGGGGUGGGUUGGAGGGAAAUCCACGUCCGACCCACCCAAGCUGCAAAUAUUCCCAUCGUUGGCUUUGUGUUUCUGGUGAUCGUUGUGCCCUCGUGAUUUUUGGUUGUCAAGCUGAUCCCUGUGGACGAGCACCUCUUGGACUCCCCACCUACUUUGGUCGUUGUUCCGAAAAGCAUCUCCAAAUUUUUCCCCCCAUGACUGAAAAUUUAAAGGUAAACACCUCGGUGGAUAUACUGCAACCAGCCGUGUCUUUAUGACUAUCGAAUCGGAUUCCACCAGGAGGUUCUGGGACUCCACACACCGUCCGCCGAGGUGCGUAGAACUGUGUAGACACCAGCUUUCGACGCCGAGCUGUGAUCCACACCCAAAACGUGGAGUGGUUGCCAUUCUUUCUUCCUUUAUUCAAGAAUGUAUCUGAAAUUUUAGGUGAAGCUGUGAAUUUGCUAAAAGGGACAUCCCAGCAACAAUAGAGCUCUAUUUUUUUAGAUUGAUGGGUUGCUUUCUCUCCCUCCACUCCAUUAUUAUUAUUAUUUUUAAAGAAAACCAAUCUAAAAUGGGAGACUAGCUCUCACAUCAUCUGUAGAUGAAUCCUGGGAAUUUAAGUUCUCCGGAACGAUCCCUGUUUCCCCUUUGACGGACAGCUGGUCACAGAAUCCAGAACGUGACCAAAGGUGGCAACAUCAGAUGCCUGGUUGACUGUUGUUGGGCAUUACACAAAAAUGUAAUCUCUUUGCCAUGGGAAGGUCCACACCAAAAAGGGCUAGGAUGAUACCAAGGCUGUGGAUGACCUAGCUAAAACAGGGGGAAUCUGCUGUGGUAAGUCUCAGAAGGUCUCCCUGUGGUCAGGACACCUGGAUGUUAAGAAGCUAUGGCAGAGAAAUGGCCGGACUUUGGAAGGUGUGUGAAGGGGACUGGUUUUUUUGAAUGUAGACCCUUUUUCCAACUGAAUGUCUAGACAAUACAUAAACACACAAAGAGUCAAGAAUGCCUUUGAUUUCCAGGUGAGGGACACAGGAAUCAUCUUUUCCUGAUCCUGCCUUAUAGUCAAAAGCCACAGCUGAUACAUAGCUACUUCAGCCGAAUGCAAACAAUGAUGUCAGUAUAUAUUUUCCCGUCCCGGAGACGUUGCACAAGGCAUGACGUCUCCAAAGGACUGUGAAUUGUACCACUGUGGAUCGUUUUGAGCCUCUUGUGAUGUUUCUAAAGCCUCUCUAACCAGUGUGUGUGCAUGUGUGUCCAUGUGCGUAUGAGAGUGUGUGUAAAUCUCAGAGGGAGAAAAAAAAUAUAGAUAGAAAUAUAGGAUAUUUUGUUGAAUACGAAGAAAUGGAUGCAAGCUGGGUACAGCCUAGAGAGUUGCAGUGGAAAAGCUGAAGUUCUUUUUCUUUCAUUGACAUGAAUGUGGUUAUUUUCAUUUGAAGUUUAGGAGCCUAGGGAAGAAGGGGCCCUUGGUGGCAAGCCAGGAUCUGGUCUCUACCCAAGAAGCAUUCAGUCCUCCUUAAACAGAUGACGCAGUCAGUGCAGUGAUACACAUUCCUCACCAGAGCACUCAUAUUGACACCCACCCACCCCUUCCUGUUAGAAGAAAGAGAAAGGGAGAUCUCUCACCAAGAGGUCCUCCACGUUGAAGGUCCCGCAAGGUUAGGGGAACUGUAGCAGUGCCGGCCCUACUGUUAGGCUGAAUAAGACAGUAACCUCAAGGGGAGUGACUGCGGUUUCUUGGCUGUUGCUUCGGAGCCCCUUGGCUGCUCCUCUGUGCUGAAGGAUGAAGCUGAGCCUGUUGUGCAUCUCAUCCUAAUCCCCUAACCUGACUUGUCCCGGCCCGUCCAUCUGACGGGCGAGUCACCAGACAGCCUAGUCUGCUUGUGUAGGUGAGGACAAAGGUGUGGGCAAAGAAGGACCGUUUUAUCCUUCUCUGGUGGCAAGAUGUCUUGAUCCGUCCUGGACAGCACUCCUUCCUCUGUUGUAUCACACAGCGUGUUGUCAGCCAGGACUGUGAUUGUCCCCUUCGAUGCACACGUUUGCCCAUCUGUGCUUGCACAUCCACUUUUGUGAAAAGGGGUGUGUAGGGAUUGGGAGCCAAACGGUCCACCGCAGCACAUGGCCUGGGUCAUGGAAUGGAGGCCCACCAGGUUCUCAAUGAUUUCCUGGUUUGUUUGUUUUUUCAUCUCUUGAUGGCUUUACAGAAGCAGAUGCUUUAUGAAACUUUCGGUGAUAUUUGGCCUGACAGGUUGUCUGUGGUGCAAAUCACGGGUAGCUGGGUGAGGAGGUGGGGGCUUCCUUGCUCAGCCUAUCAGCCAGUAGGCCGGUGCAGAAGGGAAGCUGGACCGCUAUCUCAGAAGGUGGCGGCAAUGCCAAAGGAAGAGGAGGAGGGGGCAGGACCAGGAAAGGAGGCAACGGGAGUGGAGGGAAAGGGGUGGGGGCAUUUGUUUUGCCAAAAUGGAGCACCAAAUGGAAAAAAAGUUUGGCGCUUUGUUUUUGCAAAAGAGAAGGCAUGGACCUAACCGCGAACCAAUCUAUGAACCAACCCAGUUCCUGAGUUGUUUUGGUUCGUCAUUUGGCUCAUGCCCAUCUCUAAUCCAGACCUAGUUAGAGUGGGACUGUUGAAAUCUAUGGAAAUUACCCAUAUUUUUCCGUGUAUAAGACGCCUCCCACUUUUCUAAUCCAAAAUUGACAUCUAAGUGGGGCUAAGCAAG